AUGUAUUCUACCUGCAACAUUUGCGGCGCGCAGCCGUCAAAAUACAAAUGCCCUAAAUGCACAAUCAAGUACUGCUCGCUCCCCUGCUUCAAGUCCCACAAGCCAAGCCACGACUCCAACAACGCUCCUCCCUCCUCCGCCACUUCCGCCGCCGCCGCCGCCGCCGCCGCCGCCUCCGACCCCCCCAGCGUGACCGCACAGCCUCAAGCCUCAACCCCGACAUCCUCCGCGCCAGCACCACCACCACCACCACCCGCCGCCACCGCCGCCGCCACCGCCGCCACCACCCCCGAAGAAGACCCCCUCACGACGCUGCUCUCCUCCCCCGCCCUCCACCACCUCUUCCAAACCCACCCCUCCCUCCGCUCCACCCUCCGCUCCAUCUACGCCUCCACCCUCGAGCCCGACCCGGACGACUGGGCCGAGCGCCAGCGACACGCGCAGCAGCAGCAGCGGAGCUUUAAUAAUUACAACAACAAUUUCCGCGGACGCGGGCGAGGCGGUCGUGGCGGGCGCGGCGGACGCGGCGGGCGAGGUAGAGGAGGAGGGGGGCGUGGUGGUCCUGGAGGAUGGGUCGAUCUCGGGCUGGACGGACAGCAGGCGCGCGGGCCGUGGAGGCAGGAGGCGGCGGAUAAGUUUGCUGUGAGGCGGUUGAUGCGGGUGCGGGAGGCGGGCGGGGAGGAGGAGGAGGAGGGGGGUGGCGAGGGGAUGAGGGAGUUUGUGGCGUUGGUGACGGCGGCGGUUGCGGCGGCGGAGGGGGAGGGGGAGGAAGGGGCUGAGGGAGAGGGUGGUGGUGGUGGGGGGGAGCAAUGGAUGGGUUGA